AUGAAGCUGAACGUGGCUACUAUCUCGGCCCUGGCUACUGUGGCCUCCGCCCUCCCUCACAGGCGCACCGAUGAAACCUGGGGGAACAUUCGCUCCAACAUCAAACAUGUCAUCUACCUGAUGAUGGAGAACCACUCGUUCGACAACAUCGCGGGUUACUGGGACUUCCACCCCGACAUCGACAACCUGCGGAACAUCAGCUACUGUAACGAGUACACCAACCCCAACUGGACGGUCUGGGACGAGCCCCUCAACAUCUGCGCCGCCCCCUUCGAGACCGAGGUGCCCUUGACCGAUCCGGACCACAACUUCGCCGGAACCACCUAUGAGAUCUUCCGCAAGUGGAACGCGGACAGGGACGAUGUUCCCAACAUGGGAGGGUUCAUCGAGCGCCAGUCAGAGAAGUACGCUGCCAGCCCGGGCGAGUCCAGCUUCGUCAUCAAGGCAUAUGAUGAGAAGAAGACGGCGACUCUGAUCGAGGUCGCGAAGAACUUUGCUUUCUGGGACAGCUACCACGCGGAACACCCCGGUCCUACCAACACCAACCGUCAGUUCGCGACCUCCGGCUCCACCUGUGGAUUCGUCGACAACACCUACCAGGCCGCCGGGUGGUAUGCGAACUACACCGGCACGACCUGUGCGACCUCGAUCUUUGAGUCGCUCAGCAACAAGAACAUCACAUGGAAGAACUACUAUGAGACGGACAUUGUCGACGCCUACAUGUACAAGUGGGUGCAAGACAACGCCAUGGACCGUCUGGUUCACUCGGACCAGUUCUACCGCGAUCUCGAGGCCGGCACACUGCCCCAGUUCUCGUACUACAACCCCGAAUGCUGCACGAUCGACUCGAUGCACCCGACCAGCAACAUGGCCUCGGGCGAGCAGCUGAUCAAGCAUCUGUACGAUGCGGUGCGCAAGUCCCAGUACUGGGACAAUGUCCUGAUCAUCCUCAACUUCGACGAGCACGGUGGUUUCGCUGACCACGUUCCCACGCCCGUGAACGUUCCGGCCCCCGAGGACGGCAUCACCUUCUCUGGUCUGUCGGACGGCCACAACGUGACCUACGACUUCACCCGUCUUGGUGUCCGCGUGCCCUCGUUCAUCAUCUCCCCCUGGGUGCCCGCCAACCACCUGAUCCACGACCAGGGCACCAUGUACGCCAACAACUCCGCCUACACGCACACCUCGUUCCUGCACUUCCUGCAGGAGCUCUGGGGCCUGGAGGGGCUGAACAACCGCGUGCAGUGGGCCAAGACCUUCGAGCACGUCUUCUCGAGCGAGAAGCGCGAGGACACCCCGGAGCGGUUGACGACCCCGACCUGGUACGGCAGCAGCUGGGAGCCCAAGCCGGAUCCCUUCUACAAGCUGAACCAGGAUUACCCCUACUACGCCGACCUGGACUAG